CGCUAAAGUAAAAGAAGAAAGCAAUUUCGUGCACGUCGUGCAGUUGUCUCGCAGCCAGCGAGCGGCAGGUCCAAAACGCCAUAUUGUGUGCACGUUGUGGCAUCAUGGCUGAACAUUUCCACAUCAACACGCCCUUGCUUGAGAGUGCUGCAAUGUCCAAACAUGUGGGAACCACGGUGUAUCUGAAAAUGGAGAAUUGCCAGCCCUCUGGUUCUUUCAAGAUUCGUGGCAUCGGCUACUUGUGCCAACAGCUCAAGUCACAGUCCAAAGGAUUUGUCUGCUCCUCAGGUGGAAAUGCCGGGAUGGCGGCUGCCUACGCCACCCGAAAGAUGGGCGUGCCGGCCACCGUCCUAAUUCCCUCCUCCACGCCUCAUUUUGUUGUCCAGAGACUGGAGGAUCAAGGUGCUCUUGUCAAGAUUGUGGGCAAGGUUUGGGAUGAUGCAAACGCCGAGGCUCUCCGACUAGUGGAAACGGAGGGCUUGUCCUACGUGCCUCCCUUUGAUCAUCCCUUGAUAUGGAAGGGCCAUUCUAGUCUGGUGGCCGAGGCCGCAGCCACGUUGGGUCCAAAUGUCAAGCCUGGAGCGGUGCUGCUAUCAGUGGGCGGAGGGGGGCUCCUCUGUGGGGUGGUCCAGGGCCUGAAGGAUGUGGGCUGGAUGGACGUGCCCAUCAUCGCCAUGGAAACGCUCGGCGCAGAUUGUUUGAACGCGUCACUUAAGGCCGGAAGGAUGGUUACCUUGGACGACAUCACCAGUGAAGCGAAAAGUCUCGGCGCAAAGAGAGUUUGUGCAAAAGCCUUUGAAUACAGUCGGAGCCAAGAGGUCACUAUCAUUUCUGAAGUGGUGACUGACCAGCAGGCUCUUCAUGCCGUGGAGACCUUCUUGGAUGACCAGCGUGUCCUGGUGGAAAUGGCAUGCGGCGCCACACUGGCAGCAGUCUACAGCCGGGUUGUGCACCGAUUACAGGCGGAAGGUCGUCUACCGGCUCGCUUGCGCCCCCUGCUGGUAAUUGUGUGUGGCGGCUGCAACGUCAAUGCGGAGCAACUAUCUCAACUGAAACAAAAGUUGCAGAAAAAGGCCAUAUUUGGUGUGCAUCAGAAAAAUGCAGAACAGUGA